AUGGCCGCCGGCGGCCCGGCGGCGCCGAAAAGGCAGCUGAGCCGGUGGCUGAAGGAAGCGGCACGGACAGCCAAGGCCGCGGAGCAGGCGGGGGCCGGGGAAGAGGCGGCACUCACGGGCACCGAGGAGGCGGGGGCCGAGGCAGGCGAGAGCCGCGAGGUCGGCGGGCAGCGCCGCCACACACCGCCCCCCAUCUCCGCCGGGUGGAGCCAGCCGGGCAGCGGUCUCCCACGGCCCCUCCGAGGGGCUGAGGUGGUGGGGAGGGUAGAGGAGGACGAAGAUACUGACUCGCAAGAGGAAGAAGAGAAGGAAGAGCAGAAAAGCUAUUCAAGAAGAAAGAUUUUGUCCAACUGGAGCCGCUAUGAGGAUACAGAAAGAGAAGGAGAACUUGAGGAACCACAAAGAGGAACAGACUUCAGUGUCCUGCUGAGCUCAGCAGGAGAUUUCUUUGCACAGUUCCAAUUUGCUGACGAGAAAGAAUGGGCCAGAGAAAGUGUCUGCCACAAGCAGUUCUCUGCACUUUCUGUUGAUUGCCAGUCCUUGGCCCGGGCUCUUCAGGAACUGCCCCUGCACCUGAGGCUGAAUGUCCCUGCUGAGCUUGUGCAGGCAUCAACCCCAGCAGAGCUCCCACAGAUGAAAUCUAAAGUUACUGACGACAGCAAGAGGAGAGAGCUUCUGUUCCAACGGCCUCCAGCUCCAAGUGACACAGCAUUGGUCUCCCAUUCCACUGUUGCUCCAUCAGAGCCUGGAAGUAAAACUGGUCCUAGGGCAAGUGCAGCAGAAGCCCUUCAGAGAGCCCAUGUGCUGUCAAAGCAAGAGACUGACCAUGUGGAUGAAGAACUGGAUUUCCUCCUGACUCUGGAUGCUCCUGUGGAUACAGAAAAGGGACCUGUGCCAGGUGUGGUAUCUGGCACCUCAGCUGAGAAAGAGCUGAAAGACCUGAGCAUGGAGUGGAAGGAAAAGGACCUUUUAAAACCAGCUAUGCCUGAAGAGAAGAGUACAGCAUUACAGCAGCAGCAGAAGGCAUCUAAAACCAUGACUGAGGAGGAGCUUGAGGACUGGCUGGACAGCAUGAUCUCCUGAAGCUCCACUUUUGGACAGCAUGAUCUCCUGAAGCUCCACUUUCAGAUAGCAUGAUCUCCUGAGGCUCCACUUUUCUCAUGAAGAAUGGACUAGAGCAAACAUUGAGCAGCAAGUGGACUCUUUCAGUUGGAUCAGUGUCCCAAAUGCCCAAUUUUCUUUGCUGGCACCUAAAGUUCUGUGCAACCAAAAUUCAUUUAGAUGAGACUGAAAGUUGUGUGUGACAAGAUAUUCUUAGAAGGGUCUAAAAGUUGUGAUGAAUUGAGGAUUUUCUUUGCUAAAGAGGCAGGCUGCAGCCUGCUAAGAGAACACUCACUUCGGCUUGUGCUCACUCUGUGUAGUCCUGAAA